AACAGUUUCUUUUUCAUUCUAGAGUAAUGUUUAUUCAAGUUAUUUGUUACAUUUGUUGCUUGGUUGUGAAAUAUUAUGUAUUGAGUCUAACUUUGACAUCCUGAAAGCUGGGACAUGGACAAGAGAAACCAAACAUUUGUGAGAGAAUUCAUUCUUCUGGGACUCUCUGGUUACCCCAAACUUGAGAUCAUGUUCUUUGCUCUGAUUCUAGUUAUGUAUGUAGUAAUUCUCAUUGGCAACGGUGUUCUCAUCAUAGCAAGCAUCUUUGAUUCUCGUCUUCACACACCCAUGUACUUCUUUCUGGGCAACCUCUCUUUCCUGGAUAUCUGCUAUACAUCCUCCUCCAUUCCCUCAACAUUGGUGAGCUUAAUCUCAAAGAAAAGAAACAUUUCCUUUUCUGGAUGUGCAGUGCAGAUGUUCUUUGGGUUUGCAAUGGGGUCAACAGAAUGUUUGCUUCUUGGCAUGAUGGCAUUUGAUCGUUAUGUGGCCAUCUGUAACCCGCUGAGAUACCCCAUCGUCAUGAGCAAAGUGGCAUAUGUACUGAUGGCUUCUAUAUCAUGGCUCUCUGGUGGAAUCAAUUCAAUCGUGCAAACAUCACUUGCCAUGCAACUGCCUUUCUGUGGGAACAAUAUUAUUAAUCAUUUCUUAUGUGAGAUCUUAGCUGUCCUCAAGCUAGCUUGUGCUGAUAUAUCCCUCAAUAUUGUUACCCUAGCAGUGUCAAAUAUUGCUUUCCUAGUUCUUCCUCUGUUGGUCAUUAUUUUCUCCUAUAUGUUUAUCCUCUAUACCAUCUUGAGAAUGAAGUCAGCCACAGGAAGACACAAGGCAUUUUCUACCUGUUCAGCUCACCUGACUGUGGUGAUCAUAUUUUACGGUACCAUCUUCUUUAUGUAUGCAAAACCUAAGUCCCAAGACCUCCUUGGGAAAGACAACUUGCAAGCUACGGAGGGGCUUGUUUCCAUGUUUUAUGGUGUUGUGACCCCCAUGUUAAAUCCCAUAAUCUAUAGCUUGAGAAAUAAAGAUGUAAAAGCUGCUAUGAAAUAUUUGCUGAGUAGGAAAGCCAUUAACCAGUAAGGUGAAAGGGAUAUGUGGGUCUUUUAUGUAUAAUUAGCUUUCCUUAGCCAUUCCACAAUGUAUGCAUGAUAUGGUUUGGAUAUGUACCCAUCCAAAUCUUAAAUUGUAGCUCCCAUAAUCCCUACAUGUCAUAUGAGGGACCUGGUGGGAGGCAGUUGAAUCAUGGGAGUGUGUUUUUCACAUGCUGUUCUGUGAUAAUGAGUAAGUUUCAUGAGAACUGGUGGUUUCAUUAAAAGGGCAGUUUCCCUGCACACACUCUCUUGCCUGCUGCCUUGU